AUGGCGGUGGAUAUGAUAGACUCAGUUGUGUUAGCACGGCACAACAAGAUUGUAGCCAUGUUGUUCACGCAACCGACGAGUUCCAUGUUGAAGACGCUAUAUAGGCUGGCAGGUCUGUUUUCCAAGGAGCCAGAAAAGAUUGAAUGCAUGCUGCAUAACCUCCACACUUGUGGUAUGUGGGAGAUAAUGGCGCACCACUCGUUUACACUGAUGAACCGGCAGGCCGAAGAGGGUGGGACUAGCAGCACUGCGGGACUGUUUGGCACGGCUCCAAUGGCGGGCGCUGCAGUGAAACUGUUGGCCAAAGCGGGGGUAAUAGCACCGGGUGCACCGUUAGGCGAUUUCAAGGUGGUAGACUAUAUCGUGCAAGGCAUGCGCGAGCACUUGGGCAAGGCAGCUAAGAUGACCACGCGGGAAGGGUUGAUAGCUGGGUCUACGCUAUAA